AUGGACUACCUCAACCGCCUCGCGCGGUUCCUGGACCGUCCGCUCUUCCCGUGGAAGAAGCUCAUCCUCGGCUUCUCUGUUGGCCAAUUCGUCUUCGAGUCUCUCCUGUCGCUGCGCCAGUACCAGGUCCUCCGCAAGACCAAGGCCCCUAAGGUGCUCGAGAAUGAGAUCUCCCAAGAGACCUUUGACAAGAGCCAGGCAUAUGGCCGCGCCAAGCAGAAGUACGAGCUCAUCAACGGCCUCUGGGGCCAGAUUCAGAACAUUGCCUUUAUCCAACUCGACGUCCUCCCGAAACUCUGGUCCUGGACCGGCGACCUGCUCCUCAAGUUUGCGCCUGCCCGCUUCACUGGUGAAAUAUCGCACUCGAUCGUCUUCGUCCUGACCUUUGUCCUCGUUCAACAAGCUCUGUCUCUGCCCAGCUCGAUCUACUACAACUUUGUCCUCGAGGAGAAGUUUGGUUUCAACAAGCAGACGCCCAAGCUCUUCGUCACGGAUAUGCUCAAGUCGAACAUGCUCACCUUCAUUCUCGCCCCGCCCAUCCUCGCCGGUUUCCUCUCCAUCAUCAAGAAGACGGGCAACCAGUUCUUCUUCUACCUCUGGGCGUUCGCUGCCGGUCUCCAGGUCUUCAUGAUCACCAUCUACCCCAUCGCCAUUCUGCCCCUCUUCAACAAGCUGUCCCCUCUCGACGAGGGCGAGCUCAAGACCAACGUCGAGGCCCUCGCCAAGAAGCUGAACUUUCCCCUCCACGAGCUGUACGUCAUUGACGGCAGCAAGCGCAGCGCCCACAGCAACGCCUACUUCUUCGGACUGCCCUGGAAGAAGCACAUUGUCAUCUACGAUACCCUCAUCGAGAAGAGCGAGACCCAGGAGGUCGUCGCCGUCCUGGCGCACGAGCUCGGCCACUGGAGCCUCGGCCACACCACUCGCCUCUUCGGCAUCUCACAGCUCCUGGUCCAGAACCUCAGCACCAUGGACGCCGACUGGAUGUACGCGACGUACCACUUCUCACACCCUCAUCUCUCGGAGCGCCUCAAGGCCCUCAACUGGACCUCGUCCGAGAAGGUGGGCACCGAUGAGCCCGAGGUCGCCAAGGCCACUGGCCGCGACGAGCUGUGA